AGUGAAAUUAAACUUGAAAAAGGAUGAAGUUUUUACCUGAAUCAGCGAUACACUGCAAAGCACGUCUAGGGACUUUAAUGAGUUUAGAUCGAAGUCCCAAUGUAAAUCUACAAACUCCGCUACUAUUGCUUUAUACAAAGAGAGGCAGUAUUCCACAUUUAACAAAAGAUGUCUUGAAGAAAGUAACAACUGACCAACAUUUGCUAUCCAUAUCAUUACCGACAACAAUAAUCAUGAGUGAAAGCGUGAAACAAGUCAAUUCCUUCAGCGAGUUUGUUGGAUUAAAGGAGUAUUCCACAUUCCUUUCGAUUCAAGAUCCUGCAUAUACAACACAAAGUGGUGGGCAGAUAAAGAAUUCUGUUUCCAUUUGGUCAAAAAGUGGAAGGUAUACUUUAACACCGGAUAAGUAUAUGGAUAUCGUUGAGGCUUAUAAGCCUGAUUUAUACGUGGCACUUUGCGACGGCGAUACAAAUUCCACCAGUAGCUCAAAAAGAAUAUCAAAAGCAGUGGAGCGAAGUAAAAUGUUUCUGGAGCAAUGUUUACAGAGGCAUAAUUCUUCCGAAGUAUUAAAAUCAAAGUCUAUAUUAGGAGCAGUUGAGGGUGGAUAUAAUUUAAACGCUCGCGAGGCAUCCAUAAAACAUUUAGAGAAUAAACCUUUAACGGGAUUUAUAAUAGAUGGCUUACAUAAUAAUGGACCUGAUGUACAAAACAUUAUGAUAAAAGAAGUUAAAGACGUGAUCCAAUAUACCAUUGCUAUCUUAUUGCAGGACAGGUUACCCUCGGACAAGCUUCGAGUAUCAAUGGGAAGUUGGAAUCCAACGACUGUACUAGAUUUAAUCGAGUUAGGAGUAGACGUGUUUGACUCAUCGUACCCGUACUUAAUGACGGAGUCGUUUCAGGCAUUGAUUUUUAUGUGCGACCAUCACCAUAUUAGUAAUGGCAUUUCGAAACAUACAAUAUCUGUCGCAGAAAAACGAUAUGCAGAUGACUUUUCACCUAUUUGCAAUUCCUGUGAGUGCUUAACUUGUCGGAAUCACUCACGGGCUUACAUCAACCACCUUUGCCACACCAAAGAGCUGCUCUGCAUGGUGCUUUUGAUGAUACAUAACCUACAUCAGUACCUUCGAUUUUUCGAAGCUAUUAGAGAUCACUUAAAGCAGGGUACAUUCACGGAAUUCCAGGAGAAGAUACGUUCACGUUUUCUACCAAAUCCUGAAAAUCAACUUGUGGGUCGGAGGAUGUACUGGAUUUUCAGCUUCCAUUUGAACAAUUGCACAGUCGGCACACAAGUCAACUCCUUCAGGACAUUCUGUGCAUCUCCAUCGUGUGCCCUUCAGCGGUUCUUCUCCACAAGAAAUGCACUGCAAAUGCAUGGAAAUCGUUUGAUUGCUUUAUCAAACUUCUACUAGCUAUCUACAUAGGUCUUUUCUUUGU